GCUACAAAUCGCAUUCGCCGUCAGUCUUCCAAACGAGCAACAGCCACCUCUGUCCUACGAAGCGGUUCCACUUUUUCCUGCCCUGUUUCUUGCCGAUGUGUUAUUUGCGGUGCACUGAGUGUAUAAUAGUGAACGCGAUCCCGCUCAAAAGGUGGCGCUGUUGAUCGAUCGUUAAGGAAAAGUUUGCUGGCGUGCGGAUCAUCGAAAGCACGUGUUUUGGGAAGGAAAAUUAAAAUUCACGUGUUUGGGGUUGCGAAAAAGUUUACCAAAAACAGAAACUCAGUGUGUGUGUGUGUGUGUGUUUUUGUUUUUUUUUUUUAAUUAAAUAGCCAGUGUUGUGCUUUCAAAUAGGACUUCAACAUGACGGCCGAAAAGCAAUCGACAGUCGGAUCCGGCACGAUUAAACCAGACCGGAAGAUAGUCAAGCUUUAUUUGGCCGCGAUCGCGGCCAACAUCAUCUCGCUGUCGCUGGGCACGACCAUCGGUUGGUUGUCCCCGUUUCUACCCUUGCUGAUUUCGGCCGACUCACCGCUGGAACAUGGCCCCGUUACGGAUGUCCAGGCGACCUGGAUUGCAUCGCUACUUUGCAUCGGUGCAUUCGGUGGAACUUUUCUGUUUGGCUGGACUGCGGAGAAGUUCGGCCGUAAGGCGUCACUGCUGGCGACAGCGAUGCCACUGGUCGGUUUCUGGGCAUGUGUCGCGUUCGGUACCACGGUGGAAGUGUUGUACGUAGCUCGACUUCUGGCAGGACUUGCUGCAGCUGGCGUGUUUUUACUCGUGCCCAUGUACAUUACCGAGAUUGCUGAAGAUAGGAUACGCGGUACGCUUGGAUCUUUGUUCAUUCUCUUCCUCAACAUUGGUACGCUGGUAUCAUUCGUAAUGGGCAGCUACCUUUCCUACCACCUGACGGCGUACAUUCUGUUCUCGCUGCCAAUCGUCUUUUUGGCGCUCUUUGUACAGUUCCCCGAAACGCCACAGUACCUUAUUCGUCGCAACCGUGUGAGAGAUGCGGAAAGCUCGCUGAAAUACCUGCGUGGUUACACCUCCACGCCCGAUCAUCUGGAGAUGCUGCGAUCGGAGAUGGAUGGCCUUUUGGUACAGGUAUCCGGUGAGAAGGACAGUACGGAACAGAGCAGCAUUUCCUUGGCUGAUUUCGCCCCACAAUCAGCACGUAAAGCCCUUUUAAUUGGAUUGGUGUUGGUGUCGUUGAAUCAGCUUUCCGGAUGCUUCGCCCUGAUCAACUAUACUGCCCAGAUUUUCGCCGACUCGGGCUCCGAUCUUGAUCCCAACAUGGCCGCCAUCGUGGUGGGCGCCAUACAGAUUAUCGGCUCGUACGGAUCGACCAUUAUCGUUGAUCGUUGCCAGAGGAAGCAUGUGUACAUCGCAACGAGCUUUUUUGCUGCGAUCGGGCUAUUUGCGAUGGGUACGCAUGGUUAUCUGAAGAGUCAGCACGUGGACGUCAGUGCGAUCAACUGGAUACCGGUCGCUAGUCUAUCGUUUGUCAUAUUCAUCGCAUCCGUCGGUCUGCUACCGCUAACAUUUGUUAUUCUAUCCGAGAUUCUGCCACCGAAGGUGCGUAGUCUCGGAGGAUCACUCUGUACGGCGUUCCUAUGGACAAUCAGCUUCCUUGUGGUGAAAUAUUUCCCAGUAAUGGUCGAACUGAUUGGGCUGCACGGUUGCAUGUGGGUGUUCAGUGCCGUCUGCCUAUCGGCCGGUCUCUUCAAUGCCAUCUUUAUACCGGAAACGCGCGGACGCAGCAUAGAACAGAUCAUACACGCAAUGGAGAACAACAUUAAGAGCUAAAGGAGGAUCCCUCCCCUCGGCUGAGUCAAGUAUGCACGUUUGAUGUGUUUGGGACAAUGCAAACCGUGUUGUAUAUAUAGUAUUUACAUAUCCCAAACGUUAUUAUUUAUAGAAAUACCGUAUGCUGUACAUAUUUUUCAGAAGCAUUUGUUAGGUAAAUUUGCUCUAUAUACACAUAGACACACACACUAGUGAGAGAAACAUAGAAAACUAAAAAUUAUAAAUCCCGAUGCGGGGAAUUGUUUUAUUCAGCGAUUUAAUAAUAAAACAGUAAUGGUACCAUUGCAAAA